CUUUGGGUAUUGUAAAGAAAGAACCGACUGAUGAAGAAGGACACGGUCCGUACGUCCCGGGCUCACUAACCGACCCAGAUAAAAGACACGAGUCUCAUCAACAGUUAGUCAAAGACGCAGUCGAACAAAUUCAUGGUCCUCAAGAAGACGAAGCAGAGCAAUUCUGGAGAAAAGUAGCUGAGAACGCGAAGGAAAAUGAAAGGCGGCAAGAGAACAUGAAACUCGAGGAAAAAAGUGGAACGCCAAAAUUACCUUACGUGAACGUUUCGCAGAACUUUCAAUUUGCGAAGAGAAUGCACGUAGGAAAUUUAGAGCAUCAGCCUUUACCGGACACUCUAGGAUAUAGAAAUCUCACUAAGAUUGCUGAACAUAGGGAUUCAGAUAUAAUUGUUAAACCGUACGCAAUCGGUUGGAAAGGUUACGGUGCUUCAGGACCUACAUGUUGUACAAAAAUGCGCGUCCAUAGACCUAAAACAUGCGACCAUAAAAAGGUAGAUGCGGAAAAAGAUAAUAAAAGACCAUCUACGUCAGCGCCUGAUUUGGGAGGGCGAUAUAAAAAGCCGUUAUCACUGAUGGAUCUAGCAAUAUGCUGGGAUUUCAGACCUGAAGACCCGACAGGUGAACCACGACCUCCAAAGCAUAUAGACGGUUCAAACGGAUCUAAAGCACCAGCAGUAUUCACAAUGGUACAUACACCAAAAGAAGAAGUAGAGACGCCACCGCCAAGUCACACAAUGCCAAUAUUUCAUCAAAAUCGGUCAGGCUCAGAUCCGGGUCAUCAUCCUGUUCCUUAUUUUGAAAAGGACAUGGGCAAGGAAAAGCGAAAAGAUUCUUGCGAAGUUCAACAUUGUCCACAACAUAAUUAUGAGGACAGAGGUGAGAAAGGAUCAAGAUCAUCCAGUAGAAAAGGCUCUGGUCAGGCCAAAAAAAUUACGCAAUGCGACGGCAUACACGGCUGUGGGACACCGAGUGAUACUAGCAGAAAAUCUAACCGUGAGGAUUCACGGCCAGAAAAACCACAGACAAUCAGAGACGCAUGGACUACUAACGAAAAACCUAAAAGUAGUCGCUAUGACAUUAACCGGAACCGUCAUAGUUUAGAGUCUUACGAGAAAACUCCCUUAGCACAAGGCAAGUUGCACCAGAGUUCACCGAACGAAACUCAGUCAUCGAGACGCUCUAAGGAAAGUGAAACAUCAAGUGCUCGACAUAAAAAUUGCUUGCCGUGUAACGAAAAGGUACAUCAAGGGUCAAAGCAAAAAGAGGAGUACAAAUUUGCCUUCAAAGCCGGGAAUCCGCACUCUGUUCAAAGUGUGAGCAGUACAGAUUCUAAAGGCAUUAAAAUUCCUAAGAUGCGUCAUCCGUAUACUAAGAAGUCUUAUACAAUACCCACCCUAGCUCCACCAUUUACCAUUUGGCGGGAUUCAAACGCAGGUGCUUACCCAGAACAUUGGAGGUUGGCGAGCGUUUACCAACAUGCUUACAAACCACCCGAGCAGAGGCGUAAGCCAUUAAUCAACAGUGUAUAUCAGUAGUAAUAAUGAAACUCGUGUUUAAAGUGAAAUUUUAUUGGGUCCAAUCACAUUGUACAUUGGAAUAAAAUUAAUUUCGUCCUUUCAA